CGACAUUCUUUUUUUUUUAGCGCCCUCCCCGAUGCUUAGAGGCCUAAAAGAUGAAAUAGGGCUUUUUUUUUUUUUUUUAGCUAUUGAAUUUACUUCUCAUAUUUUUUUUUUACGUGGUCGUUUAAUUUUAACACUUCGGGUACUUCUCCCUUUAGUACGUACGUACGUACGUACCUAUUUAUUAGUUAUUGGCUUUCAUAAGCUUGCGAUAAUAUCUUUCUCCAGAAUGGCUAAAGCGGAGUUGUGCUGUUGUUUGAUAAUGCAAUGUGAGGUUUGCGUAUGGGUUAGGUACUCAUUCUCAUAAUUGAACGCGAAACAUUAAGUAUUUACCUAGGUACCUAGGUACCUUCUAUGCUGCGGGAAGCUAUGCUGAUGUCGGUGAUGUAGGUUAUAAGUGAUAAUCUGAGACCUGUGGUUGCAGCAUGCAGCCGCAAUGACCGAGGCCUCCCAAGUGGCACAGACCUUGCGUUUCUUUCAAUGAGCCAACCUCCGGUUACCCCUCCUCCAAGCGGCUUGGGAGAACCCAAAUUCCGAACCCUACAGCUCAUAACUCGCAAUCACAAUCAGUUUCGGAAUAAAUACGAGAAAUAGCUACGCCUGGCGCCUUUCUUUUAGAGUCCAGUCCUACCGGGAUGAGUACAUCUAGCUCAACAGUCGACGGCGAUGCAACGCCAACGAAUUCGACCGUGACAGAUGACAUGUCUAACUUGAACAUCACGUCCCCGACCAUACACCGUACAGAAACAGUGCCGUGGCCCGGUCAGACAUUUAUCAUACGCGAACCUGUGUCGGGGAAGCAGCUUACCAUCGUCCGUGGAGAGCUCCGACUAGAGCCGCACAAAGGCGACCAAGGCGGCUAUCAUUGGAUCUGCGUCGAGAAAAACGGCUGGCUGGGGUUCCGCGAUCCUAUACACAAUAUGUUUAUGGGCCACGACAGCCUUGGGACCUUCAUCGCCCAAGUGAGGCACCAUCAACCCCACGAGUACUUUUGCGCCCAAAGACACCCUGAUGGUGGCUAUCUUCUGUGUACUUAUUAUAAGGAUUGGAUGUUGAAGAUGGUGAUCGCAGAAGACGGCCAGAAACUAGUUACUACGAAGGGGGAGGGUACCGCCUGGGAGUUCGUUAAGGUCUAGGUGACUAGGUCUUGCCUUCUACGUUUUACAGUGUCGGAUGAUAUCAUAUCAUAUCAAGUCAUCCCUCAAAGUACGGUAUGACGGCAUGUAGGAUAAUACCAGAUAAAGCAUUUGUGCGAUGCCUAUGAGAUUGACCUAGGCACGAGAAACUACCUACCUAGCUAGGUAUCCAUGAAUAUUCAGCUCCUGAUCUUAACUCGUGUUAUUACGGUGGAACCUGUGUUGUCGAGCCGUUGGAUGAAUUCUUUCGCAUUUUUACACCAACUUCGUGAGCAAUUAUAAGUCAAAUAGCAUACCGAUGUACCU